AUGGCGCUCGACACGGCUUCGGGCGCCAUCGCGAGGCGUGAUGAUGCGGCGAAUGGGUCAGGUGAGCAGCAUUCCGUGCUGCCGCAUCUCGACACGCCAACCUCCUUCCCAUUCCCCUACACGCCAUACCAGAUCCAGCUGGAUCUCAUGAAGACCGUCUUCGGUGCGAUUGAGGACGGGAAGAUUGCCAUCGUGGGCUUGCACAGGAGUGACAGUACUGACGUACAGGUUUCAUCUCCCACAGGAACAGGGAAAUCUCUGACGCUCCUUACAUCGACUUUGUCCUGGCUCUCGGCACAUCAAAAGCGGCUCGACAAGGCGACUGAGGAUGACCUUCGUCGACGGUUCAAGGAGGAUGACCCCGACGUGGAGAAGGCUGUGAAACGUCACAUGGCCGAGCUCAGGGCUGCGUCAGAAGCGCGAGUCUUACGCCUGUCAGCUGCACGUGAGCGGGAGCGCAGAGCUCGACAAGCCUCCCAAGCUGGAGCAUUUGGAGGACCCGGCAAACGAGCACGGCCGAGCUCGACAAUUGCUGCCGAGAAGCAGAUGAAGAGCGAGGAAGAGUUCCUCCCCGAGGACAACGAGCAGGAGAAAGCUGUCGCUUCUGACGGGCCGGCCCUUAGUGCCGAGGUGCGGGCGCUCCUCGCCCAGCUUGAGCCCGAGCAGAGAGCUGAUGAUGAGGUCGCAGAAGAGGAUGUUCCGAAGGUGUAUUUCGCCAGUCGUACGCACAGUCAGUUGCGACAGCUUACUUCCGAGCUUCUCAAGACGACGUUCUCCGGCGAACCUGAGUUGCCCGCUUCGGCUGAAGCGGAGCUGACGGUGGGGUCCGACGAUCCCGUUAGCCUCGUGCCCCUUGCGUCCAGACGGCAGUUGUGUAUCAACGAUAAGCGAUGUCAGUACAUGCCGAAGGAAGACGGACCCAUGCUCGACGCAAGGGACAGUGUCCUCGCGACAGUGCGCGAUAUCGAGGACCUGGUUCUGGAAGGCAAGGAGCGCCAGGUCUGCCCGUACUACGCCACUCGCAAGGCUGUCAAGCAGGCGCAGCUCGUCACACUGCCGUACAACCUGCUUUUGCAGAAGAACGCGCGAGAGGCGCUGGGUAUCGACCUCGAGGGCCAAAUCGUUGUCAUCGAUGAGGCGCAUACCGAGGGCUCAGGCUCGGACUCAGUUAAUCUCGUUGAGAUGGUCGCGUACCUGAAGGAGUCGAAGCUGGCGCGCAAGGUCAGCGGCUUCGCGGAGAGCCUCGAGGAGCAGAUGACUAAUGCGAAACGCAGCAGCUCUGUGCGGCAUGCGUCCAUCGCAGCCUUCCACGCCGUGGAGGCGUUCCUACUCUCGCUCACUGAUGCGAAGGAUGACGGCCGCAUCAUCCUCACCUACGACAAGGACGUUGUCCUUAAAUACGUUCUCCUGAACCCUGCAGAACGGUUCCAGGAGGUCGUCGAGAGGGCAAGGGCCAUCAUUCUGGCGGGAGGUACCAUGGAGCCGCUUUUCCCAGGCAUCCCUCGCAGCAAAUUUGCGACGAUUUCGUGCUCCCAUGUCAUUCCUAAGAGCAACCUCCUCACACAGGUUGUCUCGCGUGGACCGAGACGCAAAGAUUUGGAGUUCACGUACUCCAACCGAGGAGAUGACUCAUUGUCUUCGAUUGGCUUGGUCCCCGACGGCGUGGUUGUUUUCGUGCCAUCGUACGCCUUCCUCGACCGCCUCAAGACGUCGUGGGGCGGAUCCGGAGGGCUGUCGGAAAAGUUCAGUGCCAAGAAGAAGAUAUUCUACGAGCCGCAAACGACCGGCGAGGUAGAUGUUAUUCUGCGCGAUUACGCUCUGGCUAUCGAUACACCGAAGGAAAAGCGGACGGGGGCGCUUAUGUUUGCUGUUGUUGGGGGCAAACUCUCGGAAGGCAAGUUGCCAAACCACGCUGUGGAUGGGAAGCUGACCAGCAGGCAUCAACUUCGCCGAUCGACUUGGCCGGUGCGUCGUCAUGGUCGGCCUGCCGUUCCCGAACGCCUCUAG